CUUAAGGCGCAGCGGGAGGGGCAGGAGCUCAGAGGAGCGCUGGGCCCCGCCAGCCCCGCCCGGCGUGCGCUGGGCUGUGUCGCUGUCAGGAUUUGUCUGGCGCCGCGUUCCUUCACAGGGGUGUGUUGGGGGGAGUCCUCUGCCCGACUAUCAAAAUGGUUAUCAAAGUGUUUGUUGCCACAUCUUCUGGGUCCAUAGCGAUUAGGAAAAAACAACAAGAAGUGGUGGGCUUUUUGGAAGCUAAUAAAAUUGACUUUAAGGAGUUAGACAUAGCUGGGGAUGAAGACAACAGGCGGUGGAUGAGAGAGAAUGUCCCCGGAGAGAAAAAACCUCAGAACGGGAUUCCUUUGCCUCCCCAGAUCUUCAAUGAAGAACAGUAUUGUGGGGAUUUUGACUCUUUCUUCUCUGCAAAAGAAGAGAAUAUUAUUUAUUCGUUCCUGGGUUUGGCUCCCCCGCCAGGCUCAAAGGAGACAAAGCCGACUGAGGAAGAGCCUUCCCUUCCCAAUGGCGAUGUCGUGGGAGAGGCCCUGAGUACCGCGGAGGGAACGGAGACGGCUGAAGAAAGUGGUGAAAAUGAUGCACAAAAAGAGGACAAGGAGGAUGAGGACAACCUCGCCGAGUCCCAGGAGAAGAACACAGGAGAAGUAACCAAGGAGGGGGCAGAAGGCGAAGCAGAGGAAGAGGAAGCUGAAAAGGGAGAAGAACCAGGAGAAGAAGGAGGAGAAGAAGAGUCCUAGGCCUUCCCAUGCUUUAUUUCUUCAACUGUUUCAGAAAGCCCACGUCGUGAAGCAGCAUUUCAACGGUCUCCCCACAAACCACACUCAACUCACGCCUUGGCCUGAGGCGAGCCUACCUCUCGGUCCCCCCAGGGCUCACGGAGGACGUGCCCUGGCUCGGUUCCGUGUCUGUGGACCUGUCUACAUGUUACAUCACCAUGAAAUUCAACAUCAGGGCAACACACGCGUGCCUUCACGGGCCUCACCUUUUUGGCCUUUGCCUAACUUUUUCUUUUCUCUUUUGCUCUGCAUGAAAAGACCUUCUGGCUAAUACCCUGGGGGAAAAAAAAAGAUUUCCAAAUAUAGAACUUCUCUUUGCGCUAGGACAAGUAUUUCUUUGUAUGUGCCUUAUGCUGCUUGCCUCAGAAUUAGCUUUCAAAGUAAAAUGCUUUCCAGAGAACAAGCACACAAAUAAAGAUUAAUAGCAGA